GGCAAGCCCUAUGUGUUUGACCGAGUCCUGCCACCCAACACAGCCCAGGAGCAAGUCUACGAUGCCUGGGCCAAGCAGAUCGUCAAAGGUAAACGCUCUGUCCUACAGUCUCUUUAUCUGACCUCGUCAUCAUCAUCAUCAUCAUCAUCAUAUCAACUCAGCUCCAGACCUAUUAUGAAAGAGUUAACCCCAGUGUUUGCGUUUUGUAGAUGUGCUGGGCGGGUACAAUGGAACCAUCUUUGCCUAUGGCCAGACCUCAUCAGGAAAGACCCACACCAUGGAGGUACAUCUGAAGGACAUUUGGAUUCCUCACUGGGAUUUGCACUAG